CUUCCUUCCAUCACUAUCCAUACAAGACUCAGAACAUCCUCAGUGCUUCCUCCACUGAGCGUCCACAGAUUCCGAGACGCGCCGGAAGUCGUGGUGGCGGCCGAGCAGUGGGUGCCGCACGUGCUCAUGAGGCAAGGCGAGACGGGAAACCUCACUGCUUCAGGGCCAAUGAUCAACCUACUGGACAUGAUGUCACGCUCCAUCAACUUCACUUACAGGCUGGUGCGUCCGAGCGAUGGGUCCUGGGGAGCUCCACUACCCAACGGCUCCUGGUCUGGUAUGGUAGGCGUCGUGCAGAGGGAGGCGGCGGACAUGGGGCUGGGUCCUUUCGCGGUCACGCGGAGUCGCUCGCUCGUGGUUGCGUUCAGCCAGACGCUGUUCUUCGAGGACGUGGUGAUCCUGGCGAGCAAAGGGAAGCCGGAGCACAAUCCAUGGGGCUUCCUCUUCCCUCUCGCGCCCGCAGUGUGGGCUGCGCUGCUCAUGGCUAUGACCUGUACGUGGGCGGCUUUGCUGAUCUUGGGCGUGUGGGAUUUUGGGUCUGGGCGGGUGAACAGGGCGUUGGAUGCUCUCUUUCUACAAAUACGGACGCUCCUGCGGCAGGGGAUGGACUGUGACCUGCCCGGAUCAGCUGGGCGAUGGGUGGUCGGAGGGUGGCUGCUGGUCGCCAUGGUAACCACCUGGAGCUACACGGGGAACCUGAUGUCUCUGCUCAAUACGAAGGAGGGGAUCCUGGCUGAACUACACGCCCUGCUGGAGGUGGGCCGCAUGCACCACAAGCCGCUUAAUAUGAUGGCACAGUUCCUUGGCACUUUGGUGAGGGAUGGCACCCACGUUCUCUUCAUUGAUGGAUCUACAAGCCUUAAACUACAGGCUGAUAUCUUUUCUAAGACAGGUCGCUGUGAGUUCUACAAAGCCCGCGAGACCUUUAUGCCUUUGUUUUAUGCAAUGAUAGGAAAGAAGGACAGCCCACUCAUUCCCGCCAUUGAUGCCAGGAUCCAACAGCUGCUGGCAUCAGGACUCUACAACAAGUGGGUUCUCAGUGCUAUCCCCAACGCCACCGCAUGCGUGUCGCUCUCUACCAGCAUCACAGUCAAAGAGCCGCUAACUUUGGCAACCACCUGGGUAUUGUAUGUGGAAGUAGAAAAGUAA